CUCAUUUUUUUUCUUCCUUCCAUAGCAUAUAAAGGACAUUUAACCCCCCCUUAUAAAAAUGCAGAUCUUCGUGAAGACGUUGACGGGCAAGACGAUCGCGCUCGAGGUCGAGGCCAGCGAUACGAUCGACAACGUGAAGGCGAAGAUCCAGGACAAGGAGGGGAUCCCCCCGGACCAGCAACGCCUGAUUUUCGCGGGCAAACAGUUGGAGGAGGGCCGCACGCUCGCCGAUUACAACAUCCAGAAGGAAUCCACCCUGCAUUUGGUCCUCCGUCUGCGUGGCGGGGUGAUGGAGCCGACGUUGGUGGCCCUGGCGAAGAAGUGCAAUUGGGAGAAGAAGGUUUGCCGGCGAUGCUACGCCCGCCUCCCGGUCCGCGCGACGAAUUGCCGAAAGAAGGCCUGCGGCCACUGCUCCAACCUCCGAAUGAAGAAGAAGCUCCGCUAAUCCACAACGGGCCAUCCCGUGAGCGGAAACCGCCAGGCUAGCCUGGGAGGAAAAAAUGAACGUUCGUUGAUUUGAAUUACUUUUUAAUCCACUUUUUUUUUUU